AUGUCUACUCCGCCUCAGAAUGUCGUAGUGGAGCCCGACGACUUCAACGACAACGACUCAUCGCUGGGAGAUGACGGCACGUCGUCGACGGCAAGCCUGAAUAGCUCCAUCCUCGACUACCGCAAAGAGAACGGUCGCACCUAUCACCGAUACCGCGAUGGGAACCUUCAACAUCACAUUUUCGAUCUCUCCUUCGACGGCAAGCUGGGAUUGGCUCCCCCCAACGAUCCCGAUGCCAAAGUCGGCCGCGUCCUGGACCUAGGGACAGGCACGGGCAUCUGGGCCAUGGACUACGGUGACGAUCACCCCGGUGCCGAGGUUGGUAUCAUCACGACCGUUGCUGCCGACCGACGUCAUUGGUGUCGACCUGUCACCCACGCAGCCGCAGUUGUGCGUGUUAUCCGCCUUGCCAUUGGAACGACAAGGAAACGUCCACUAACAGGUGUCUACAGCGUCCCGCCUAACGUCAAGUUCGAGAUCGACGACAUCGAGGACAGCUGGACGUACUCGCAGCCGUUCGACUACGUCCACAGCCGCAUGAUGAACACCAGCAUCUCUAACUGGGAGGAGUACCUCCGCCAAUCUUUCAAAUACCUCAACCCCGGCGGCUGGCUCGAGCUCCAGGAGUUCGCCCUGCCGGUCUCCGACGACGACACCCUGACCGAGGAGCACGCCCUCUACCAGUCCAUGAAGUACCUCGGCGAGGCCGCCGCCAAGACGAACCGGGCCUUCGUCGACCUCGACGCCCUCAAGCCCAUGAUGGAGGCCGCCGGCUUCGUCGACGUCGCCGAGAUGCGCUUCAAGUGGCCCAGCAACACGUGGCCGCGCCACCCCAAGUUCAAGGAGCUCGGCGCCUGGAACUACGAGAACAUCACCACCGGCCUGCAGGGGUUCCUCAUGGCCGCCCUGACGCGCGGGCUCGGCUGGAGGGCCGACGAGGUCAACGUGCUCGCGGCGCAGGCCCGGAAGGACGUCGGCGACAAGAGCAUCCACGCGUACUGGCCCAUGAUCGUUGUUUAUGGGAGGAAACCCGCGGCCGGGUAG